AUGCAGUUUAUUCUAAGCAAGUAUGACCCAGAUCUAGCUGCAGAAGUAUUGGAAUGGAUCAGGGCUGUGACUGGGGAGAAUAUCAAUGUUUCUGGAGACCCAGACAACUUUUUUGAACUCCUUAGGAAUGGGACUCUACUUUGCAGGUUGGCCAACACAAUGAAACCAGGCACAGUGAAGAAGAUCAAUACCAGCCAGAUGGCAUUCAAGUGCAUGGAAAACAUCAAUGAAUUCCUUGAAUCAGCUCGUCAGAUGGGAGUCCCAAGCCAGGAACUUUUCCAGACCGUGGACCUGUGGGAGAAG